GACCAUCUACAGCGAGGAAGUCAGUUUCAUGUGAAAGGAUAUUUAGUUAAAGAACUACUCAGAGAUAAUUGUGUCCUUAGUCACAAUAAAACUUCACUUCAUCUGCAUGAAUGAGACGAGACUACCGUCAUCGCCCUUUUGCAUCAUUAUCGCGAGGUUUGAUCAGCUGUUAGGUCUGUUUUUAGAGUUUAGUGCUUGGAUGGUCAACACGUGGGGAGGAUAGAGAAAGAGACAGUGUAGGGGGGGCACACGUUGGGAUUUAGUCGGGCCCGGAAUACGUACGUUUAUAUCACUACUUUAAUUCACCGUGGCGGCGCGGAGGACGCUUGUAUACUGUGUAGCUGCUAGGGUCCUGAGGAGAUGCCACUGAGGUUCCGGUCUAUUGUCCCGUACACACUGCCUGGAGUGCUGGCGCUUAUAGGCUGGUGGUGGUACAUCUCACGCAAGAAAGAACGAAUCACCAACCACGACAGCGAAGAGGGGGCAGUGGCCAUGGGCCUGCUGAUGUCCCCGGCUCUCAGUGAGGGCAGCAACGGCCUUGUUGAGAAAGGGACAGUGUCCCCCUGCAGGAAGGCCAUUACCCCAACAACCAGCAGCAGAGUAAGACCAUCCAAGGCCAACGAGCAACAGUCAACAGAACAGGAUGUCGUAGCACAGAUUCACAUCCCAGCCAUUAAGGCCGAGGCAGUAGAGGUACAGAGUACAUCCUGUUCACCUACAGAGAAGGCCUCCCACCAUCCAGACAGAGCCAGCGCAGUCACAGACCCUGGUGUAGAUAGCUGCCGACAGACACCCAGGAGCAGUUCUCCCGCAGCCUCGCCUUUACCAACACAGACUAGGGAGGGGUGCUCGGGCCCCCCGGGAGAACACUGGGCCGCUGUGCAGAGCCCGCCAGCCACCAUUGCCUUGGUUACAGUGCCGGUGAAGUCAACGGUUACCGAGCAGGUCCCUGCUCCAGUGAAGGAGGCCAUCUCCACAGCAUCAGAAGCACUUGUACUCUCCCAGACGACUAGUUCCUCCACAGCAGCAGACCUGACGAAUGCAGAGAGGCCCGAUCCAGAGGGAGAGGUGGCAGCAGCCCAUGAGGCAGCAGUGGCCUUCACACAGAACCUGCUGGUGGAGCGAGUGGCUAAAAAUUUGCUUCCGGUCCCCUCCAGCAGUACCAAAGAGGAGCUGCCCUCCUCGUCUGUCAUCUCAGCUGAGAUGCCGGCCCGGGCCCUGAAAGUAGUCAUACAUGAACCCCUCUUCCCAGAGACCCCCAUAUCAUCACAGGGCUCCUACCAUGCUGUCAUCACCAGUACUUCGGCCUCCCCAGCCCAAGGCCCCCAGCAAGAGAACGGGGAACCUGGCUGCACUGAGGAGCUGGAGUACCUGGCAGCAGGUCUGAUCACUGAGGUCAUCUCUGCAGCCACCCAGGAGGUCCUCAGUGUUACCUCCUGUCCAGAGACCUGGCUCGGCCAAUCCGCCACCGAGCACAGCUUCAGAAGCACCCCACUGGCCAAUGGGAGGCCAUGCUCUGAGCAAGAGCCACUCACAAGGAACAUGGAGGAAGGGCCCUCCCCAAUAAGCCACUCUGAGACAGAGUGGAGAGAGCAGCAGAAAGAAGGGAUCCCCAAUGGUUGCCCGCCUACCCCAGCAUGGGAGCACAUGGGGACAGCGAACGCACUGAGUAACCCCUGGGCAACAGCAUCCUCUCAGGAGGGGAGGCAAGAAGUGAGGGGCGUGCCUAGCAACCUGGACAAACUGAAGGGAGAUGGGGGGGCGAUGGUGGCAGAGGACUCAGCCUGUAGUACAUGCCACUCUGAGGAUGGGGUCAGCAGUGAGGACCAGCAGAGCAGGGAGAACCAGGAGGAUCUGAUCCAGGUGUCAGGGAUGUCUGAGGGGGAGGGUGGUCUGCCCCAAGCCCCAGAAGAGGUAGUGACCGAGGCAGAGGUCAUGGCAGCCCUACCAGGCCAUGUGCUGGGUGCUGUUGGCCAAGUGAAGAGGCUCAACGGCAUGGGCCUGAGGAACGGUUCUCAUGGGAUGAGUGAGACUGAGACCGAUCAGUCUGGAGGCUCGGAUGUGAACAGCAUGGACUCGAUCGACAGCGGCUGCACCAUGGGAGCUAGGGACAGUGGCAGCCCUGCCAUGGCUCUGGGCUCUGAACUCAUCGUUUGGGAGAUUGAGGUGCCAAAGCAUCUGGUGGGUCGGUUAAUUGGGAAACAGGGGCGAUACGUGAGCUUCCUGAAGCAAAGCUCUGGUGCAAAGAUCUAUAUCUCCACCCUCCCUUACACUCAAGAGUUCCAGAUCUGCCACAUAGAGGGCUCCCAGCAGCAGGUGGACCAAGCCUUGUCCCUGAUCGGGAAGAAGUUUAAGGAUUUGGACCUGACCAACCUCUAUGCCCCCCCACCUCUGCCGCUCACGCUGCCCUCGCUGCCCAUGACCACCUGGCUUCUUCUCCCCAGCGGUGUGACCGUAGAGGUGAUCGUAGUGAACAUUGUGUCGGCGGGUCACCUCUUCGUCCAGCAGCACACACACCCUACGUACCACGCCCUGCGCAGCCUGGACCAGCAGAUGUUCCUGUGUUACUCCCAGCCAGAGACACCCACCCUGCCCUCGCCUGCUGAGGUGGGGGUGAUCUGUGCGGCGCCGGCGGUAGAGGGAGCCUGGUGGAGAGCCCAGGUCAUCUCCUUCUACAAAGACACCAACGAGGUUGAGAUCCGAUAUGUGGACUAUGGCGGCUAUGACAGAGUGAAGAUUGACACACUGCGACAAAUAAGGUCGGACUUCGUAACAUUACCGUUCCAAGGUGCAGAAGUAUUACUGGACAACAUUGCCCCCCUUCCAGGAGAGAAGAGCUUUUCAACAGAGGCCACCUCUGCACUGGAGGAGAUGACGAGAGGGGUAGCACUGCUUGCACAGGUCACAAACUACGACAACAACACUGGUCUCCCAUUGGUCCAGAUGUGGAAUAUGGUUGGAGAAGAGCUGCUAUCAGUGAACCGCACACUGGCAGAGCGAGCAUUGGGUACCUGGGUUGACAGCUUUUGAACCUUGCUGCCUGACCCCCCCCCGCCCACCACCCCUCAACCCCUUAUCAGCUCCUUCUCAGCUCCACCACACCCCUCCUAGACCCCUUCUUCUCACCUAAUCUCUGGAGUCUGGCCCUACCAGCCCUCCAGAUACACCCCAUAACACUUCGAUGGAGGAACACAACCACUGGAUUUGGGAAUACUUUUUGUUUGUUUUGUUUUUGAUUGUUGGGUUUUUACACCACAUUUCAAAAAUAAAUUCAAAAUGGUUGAAUGCUGAAAAGACAACGAAGUAUUUCGUUAGAAUAAGCCAACUCCUCUACUCCCCCAUACACCAAAAGAACUUGAAGGAAAGUAAAGUACUUGUACAUUUUUAAAAGAAAUCUAUAUUGUAACUAAAUAAAGGUCGAUCUGAUUUUUUUU